AUGAAUCCAGAAGAGCGAAUCGUAACCUGGCUGAUUUCACUGGGGGCCUUAAAUUCUCCCAAAAUGAAGAUUGGCGACCCUGUCCAAUUUCUCAAAACAUCUCUGAAAGAUGGGGUCGUGCUGUGUAAACUCGUUCUCCGGCUUUUCCCAGGAUCAAUAGAUAAGUAUUGCCUGGAGCCCAAGACUGAAGCCGAAUGCACCAGCAACAUCCAGGAGUUCCUGAACGCCUGCGCAGAGCUUGAAGUUGAGCUCUUUGAUGCACAUGAUUUAUACACGGGAGACAAUUUCCCCCAGGUACUGAAUACCCUUGCAGCUAUCAACAAAGCUACCGAAGAUCAGACGCCUGCUAGGCCAUGCUUGCGCCCGGCUUCUUCUAGUUCCACCACCGGGAACGGCCCUCCUCUUGCUCAAACAACGGCUCCGAAAUCACCGAGAACAUUACGCAGGCAGUCAAGAGUCGUGGAGAUGACGGAAAAUGGCAGUCACCAACUGGUGGUUAAGGCCCGGUUCCACUUCAAGCAGACCAAUGAGGACGAGCUGUCAAUCAACAAAGGCGACAUCAUUUACGUCACUCGGGUGGAGGAAGGGGGCUGGUGGGAGGGGACCCUCAACGGGAGGACAGGAUGGUUCCCCAGUAACUACGUCCGAGAAAUUAAAUCUGAAAAACCGCUCUCUCCCAAAGCUUUAAAAGGGGCCGAAAGCCCUCAACUUACGAAGAAUUACUAUGCUGUGGUACUUCAGAAUAUUCUGGAAACGGAGCGGGACUACGCAAAGGAGCUGCAGUCACUGCUGGGAAUGUACCUGAGGCCUCUGCAGUCCUAUGACAAGCUGAGCGCUAUGGAUAUCGCCUCUUUACUCGGAAAUGUGGAUGAAAUCUACACUUUUCAGCAAACGCUCAACCAGGCCCUGGAAGAGUGUGCCAAGCUUCCUGAGUACCAGCAAAAAGUGGGCAGCUGCUUCAUGAGCCUGAUGCCCCAGUUCAGAGCCCUGUAUCUCACGUAUUGCGCUAACCAUCCUUCCGCAGUCAACGUCUUGACCCAACACAGCGAUGAACUGGAGAAGUUCAUGGAGAGUCAAGGGGCAGCCUGUCCAGGGAUAUUAACCUUGACCACGAGUCUCAGCAAACCAUUCAUGCGGUUGGAUAAAUACAUCUCCCUUCUGCAAGAACUUGAGCGGCACAUGGAGGAGGCACAUCUGGACCACGAAGACGUCUUGAAAGCCACCACGUCCUUCAAGGCUCUUGUGUCCCAGUGUCAAGAGAUGAGGAAGAGGAAACAGAUUGAACUGCAGAUCCUCUCUGAGUCCAUUCAAGGGUGGGAAGGCGAUGACAUCAGGUCCUUGGGGAGCGUUCUUUACAUGUCGCAAGUCAUGGUCCAGUAUGGAGGCAGUGAGGAGAAAGAAGAAAGAUACUUCAUGUUGUUUUCAAAUCUACUUCUGAUACUCUCGGCGAGUUCUCGGAUGAGCGGGUUUAUGUACCAAGGAAAACUCCCUUUAAUAGGAAUGAUGGUGACGAAAUUAGAAGAUGUGGAAGGAAAUGAACACGCUUUUGAAAUUUCAGGGGGCAUGAUCGACCGGAUCACAGUACACUGCAACAGCAGCCAGGAUCUACAUGAAUGGCUUGACCAUUUGCAAAGGCUGACGAGAGGGACGGCUUCGAGUGGCACCCUUUCCAAGACGCACUCCUGGAGUCCUCAUUCUACUUUCAGCCCUGCCGGACAAGUUCGUGGCGUUCUGGAGCCUCCCAAAAUUCUUAAGCCUUGGACUUUAAGCUGCCUGAGGCCCGCUCCUCCUCUCAGACCAUCAGUGGCGCUGAGUUACAAAGAGCGGAUGUCUUACAUCUUAAAGGAUUCCAGUAAAAGUCCAAAGACAAUGAAAAAGUUCCUCCCGAAAAGGAAAACCGAGAGGAAGCCGUCUGAAGAGGAAUUCAUCAUCAGAAAAAGUACCGCCGCCUUGGAGGAAGACGCUCAGAUCCUGAAAGUGAUUGAAGCCUACUGCACGGGCGCCAGUUUCCAGCAGACCCUCGGUUCAGGUACCCGUAAAGAUUCCAUCCCCCAGGUCCUGCUUCCGGAAGAAGAGAAAAUUAUAAUUGAGGAAACACGAAGUAAUGGCCAGACCAUCACCGAGGAGAAGAGCCUUGUGGACACCGUCUAUGCGCUGAAAGACGAGGUCAAGGAACUUAAACAGGAGAAUAAAAGGAUGAAGCAGUGUUUGGAAGAAGAGCUAAAGUCAAGGAAAGAUUUGGAGAAAUUAGUUCGGAGGUUACUGAAGCAAACAGACGAGUGCGUUCGGGAAGAAACCAGCCGGAGGUCGUCGGUCCUGGCUUGACUUUUUAACACCGCGACAGGCCGUUUGCAUGCGACAUCAGGUAUUCCUCACAAGCGGAACUGCCGAGUUCGAUUCCUUUCGCACAUUGUAUUGUUUUUUUGUGUGUUUUGCCUGUUUUAUUUUGUUUCAUUUCGAACAAGAAAGGCACGGUGA